AGAUUUCUAUCUUUGAUUAGAAAGCCGUAAAGCAAUCCAAGAUGCUGAAAACUAUUCUGUUGUUGGUUCUGGUGGCCUGUGCAACUGCCAGCCUUCUCGGAGGAUUUGAGGAAGUUGAAGUUGAUGAUGAGGAAGUGCUGACUGCAGCCAACCAUGCCACGAAAAGAUUGUCCAAACAGUUUGCUUCUCCCUACCACUCAAAACUCGCAAAGGUCCUCAAAGCCAAGAGACAGAUAGUUGCUGGAGCUAAUUUCAAAAUGGACAUCAUUGUUGGGCUGACCACGUGCAAGAAGAGCGAAGUUGAGUUCGAAGACGCUAACGACUGCGAAUUCCAAGACAAUAUUAGCACAUACAAGAAAUGCACAGUCUUAGUCUACAGGGACUUGAAGGACAAACAUAGGCUGGUAAGCUCUGGAUGCAUCUUGGCUUCUAAGAAGGAUCUCUAAAGGAACGUCAAACGCUAUUUCCAAAGCGAAGACGUUUAGCAAAAUAUUCAGAAGAAUCUAAUGUAAUAAAAAGAAGUAAUCUCCAUCCGGAAACACAAAGGCUGUAUAAAUGAUUUUGAUGAAUCAAUAAAAAACUGCUUCUUAAAACUC